AUGCCAGAUGAGUUGUCGACGCUGGCCGAUGAAUUAGUGAGAGGAUAUUUGACGUACCGCGGGCUCGCUACGACGCUAAACGCCUACGAACAAGAGCUGAAAACGGAGAAGCAGGGCAAGAUUUAUGUCGAACGAGUCGUCGAAGAAAUAACGCAAUCCAUCGAAAAGCACGAUAUCGACUCGCUAAAGAAAAUUUGGAGCAAUUUUAAUGAAAGGACUUUUAAUCAACUUUCUGGGGAAGAGAGCCGGAUAGCCACCCAGCACGAAAAUGACGCCUUCAAACUCUACAUCGUCAAAUGUAUACAGAAAAACGAGAAACAAAAAUGCGUGGAAUUUUUCACGAAAAUGGCGAGCAUGACGGUGGGGAAUCCUACGUGGAGUGAGUGGUUUGCAAUCCCCUACAUGGCCAGUGACCCGAAAGACCGGGAGCCCUUCAAAAAGUACUUCUCCAAGCAAUGGCAAGAGAUUUUCCUGAUAUCGAUGCACAACUUUUUGUCGAUAACUUUACAGAAAGCCAAACGUCCAAUGCUACUCCAAAUGAUUGACGAGGCGAUAAAGGAUGAAAAUGGUAGCGCCCAACCCGACGCCGAUGAAGACCUAAUCGACGAUUUUGCGGCGAUAGCACAAUGCUCUGGCCCCAUGAAAUCGGCCGCCUCAAAACCCUCAAUCAAAAGCUUCCUGAAAAGCAUCACGGGCAAGAAGGAA